ACAUCACUAGAGCCCUAGGCUCGACUCAGCGUAGAAAGGAUCACCAUGAUGCGAAUCAUCUGGUUAACGACUAUACUGGUGAACAGCGCUUUUUGUAAGCCUGAGCCUAGGGAAUGCGGGAGGUCGAGAACGUCGCCUUCGGCCACGCGCAUCGUCGGUGGACGAGAAGCACUGCAGAAAGAGUUCCCCUGGCAAGUGUCAUUGCAGAUGAGAGGUAAACCUAAUCAAUGGCUCCACGUGUGCGGAGGGACGCUGUUAUCCCCAGAGCAUGUCCUUACAGCUGCUCACUGUUAUAGUAGAAGAUCAAAAUACAGGGUCGUGGCUGGAAUGCACAAACAGGGUGACAUGAGUAACGAAGCUGUUCAAGCGGCAACCGUGUCAUCAUUUGUCAUUCACGAAAGCUACAAUAAACCGAAGCCUUUAAUGAACGACAUCGCCAUAAUCACACUAAAGGAGCCUUUGAAUAUGACUGAGGCCGUUGAGCCAGCGUGCUUGCCCCCCGCUGCUCCAACUCUUAUGCAGCCUAAUGACAAGAUCACCGUAUCGGGCUGGGGAACUACUCGUGAGGGCGGCCAGAGUUCACAGGUUCUCAUGGCAGUCGAGUUACCUGUUAUAUCUGAUACGCAGUGCAAUGAGAUGUACAAUGGACGAGGAUCAGGAGGAUCGAGCACGUUCAACCCGAUCAUUGGCUUCUGGGAAGUGAUCACAUCAGUAACAGGUGGCGUACUACCAACAUUGAUGCCCCCGAAAUUCGAAGCAUCAAAAAUUGCUUUAGAUCGGGCCGCAGAUGGCCCCAUACAGGGCACCAUGUUAUGUGCCGGCUAUCCUGAAGGUCGUAGGGAUUCGUGUCAGGGUGACUCCGGUGGUCCUGCGGUUUCAAAGAUGAACGGCUCAUUGAGUAACAUUGUUGGCGUCGUAUCUUGGGGAACAGGAUGCGCUCGUAAAGGAAAGCCCGGGGUGUACACGGAAGUUGCAUACUUUAUCGAUUGGAUCAAUGAGAAAAUGCAAUCAUAGGUCCUUGUUUUUUAAUCUGGAUCGCAUUUAUCUGGAUGUUCUUUGAUAAAUACGUAUUCUUCUGUACACGUUUGGUUUGUAGAAAUAUGAGUAGAUAAAAAGAGAAGAAAAAAAAAAAGGAGACGAGUUAACUGCUGAUAUCUGCGGCGAUUUGCAAAUAGGGCAUACAAAUACAAGAUAAAUAGAAGCGAGUUAUAAUCGCGCAGACGAAUAGAUCACCAGGUUCCAUAUGUGCGCCAAGUAGAAUAGUACUGCAGUACUCAAUAUUGCAAGUGCGGUAUCACUGGUAAAGAGUUUAUUUGAGCUAUUGAAGUAAAAUGAAGCAACCAGUUAAUUAAUUUUGUCAGCAACUGAGAAAAUAUAGCAGAAUCCAAAAUGGUGUUUCUUAAAAAAACAAAUAAAGGAACAUGAAACGCGUAUGUAUUUCAUACAUUCGCGCUUAUCUAAUAGGUUACAACUAGCUUGGCCGGAUCUCGACAACAUAUCACUAGUAGUAGAAAUAAUUAUUAGAAACAUUCUCUAAGUAACGAUCAUUCUAUCUCCAAAGCAUAAGCCGGGCACACGAUCCACGAUGGUCACCAGACUACGGAGACACCGGCAUCCGAAUCUGUAGCAUUUCAAAAUCCUGAUUUCCAUUCGAAGCCAAUUAGAUGACCCGUACAAUAGAUUAGGCCUAUUGAUAGUAGAAGAAAUACCUUCGUAUUGGUGGUUCGUUUGUCCUAGAACUGGGUUUAGCCAAACUGGGCGCAGGCAGCAAUGACGCGUCUGAUCUAAAUCACAACCAUAGAAUUCGACAACAGUAAAUGUAGACUAGUAUAUCUUUACUAUGUCACAAUAUGUCGCCUAUUGAUCUGACAUUGGUAAAUAUAUUUAGCACUAUGUUCCUCUGAUAAAAGAACUGAAUAUUUCAAUACGUCCUGAUAUUAACCUAUGGACUAGUAUGUAAGUGAUUCGUAAUGUGUACUAUAGCGGGUACCAAUUGAACGCGAACAAACCUUAUUUUUCUAAGUACAUGAAGGUUGUGAGCGAUUUUUUUGUGCUACACAAAGCGUCAUUACUCAAUAUUUUCGGGCAUUUUCUUGUAUAACUGUUACAAAUAGGUUCUAUUUCAAUACUACUACGUGCCGAGCAAUAUUUGCACCUUUAUGCAUUGACCACAAAGAAGACAUAAGUCAGUUUGGCGAAGUAAUGAUUAGGUAGAAGUGUACUGAAGUAACGAUGCUUAUGCCAUAUAUAGCUAUAUAAGUGGUCUAACCCUAGGAACAUCUAUUAAAAGCCGCUUUGCGGUCCUUCAUACAGAGCCACAUAAAUCAUAAUUUACGUAGUCUCAGCUUGACAUAGCUGAACGCUGGCACAAGCGAUAACAGGUAGGAAAGUUAUACUCUCCGUAAUACAAAAUCAAAACAGUAUUUAAGAUUCAGUUUUUUCUAGGUUUCGGUAACCCCAGGCCUACAGCAUGUGAUCAUUUAGGAACGUCGCCGUCAGCUAUUUGCAUUGUAGGUGAAAGAGGGGUCCUUAGAAAGGGGCUCCCGACACCGGUGUUUCUACAAAUGGGGCGCCCUCUUAGCGUUUGGUUUCAGAUCUGCGGAACGUCGAUUCCAUUUUCACGACUAGUUCUCAGUACAUCGAACCGUAGCUGGAUGAAAUAAAAAAUCGAGAUGUUCAAGUUGGAACCGUAAGGCA